AUGUACGCAUGCUACUGCCGAGCGCCUGGGGAGGACGUCUGGCCUCUACUGCAGCACCUCACCUACACCUACCAGCCCGCCCCUCUGCUGCUGCCCCCUAUCCAGGCCCAUAACUUCUGCAGCCGGCCCCGCGACCUGUGCGGCGGCGAGUGGGCUGCUCCGCGGGAAUACCACUGCUUCCACGCCACCGGCGCGCCCCUGGAGUUCGCGCCGCCCUUUUGGGUCUUCCCACCGGCCUACGCCGCGGUCCCGCGCCCGCCGUUCCCCGCGCCCGGCUACCUGGGGCCAUCGCUGCAGGCGCCCGCGGCCACGGCGCAGGCGGCGGUCGAGAGCGGGGCGCAGUGGCCGGAAGGCGGCACCGUGCAGGCCGAGCUGCGAUGGGGCCGCGUAGAGCGCGCGCUUGGCCCGCGCCUCGAGCUGCCGGACUCGGUGCGCCGGGAGCUGCGCCGCGUGUACGGCACAUACCCGCGCACCAACGUGCGCGUCACCUACCGCGGCGGCGAGUUCCUGCUGCGGGGCUCGCCGCGCCUGCGAGAGCCCGAGUACCGCGUCGAGAGGGGAGCCCUGCGGCCGCCGGCCAGCAGCGACAGCGGGGACAACAGUCCCGCGGGGGAAGCGGUGGAGCGCGGCCGCCGGAAGAAGAGGAAGGCUUGA